AUGGGUCCAGAGCGCACAAAGUAUUCUUGCGAGACGAAGGCAGCCAAAAGACAGCGGGAUCAGGUGGUUGUAGAUGCGAUUUGCAAGGAGAAAGCGUCGGAUUCGUCAUCGAGACUCGACAAACCUCAAUCAGCUAUUCGUAUCAUCCCUGUACCAAUUGAAACACAAAAUCAUGCAGAAUUCCUCGAUGUGGACUUCAGUCAUGAUGAUCCAGUGACCGGUCCAGGCCCUUCUGCACUUAAUGAACUGGAAGUUGUGGCUGCAGUCCCCACCUUCAAUCAAGACGACAUCAAGAUCGAGUAUCAUCCGAGUAGCAGCAUCGAGGCCAAGGUAUACGGCUUUGAUAGCUUUGAGCGUCAUGCCUCAGAAUUCCUUGCCCCCCCACCUGAUGGCCAACCUUGGCGUCUGUUCAAAUCUCGGCUUGAAUUCGAAAUUGCCGAGAUCAUGCUCGAGGUUGGCUUUAACAACCAACAAUCCGAUCGGUUCAUCAAGCUAUGUCACCGCUGUGCUGUGGGCAAGGAGAAGUUCACAUUCAAAAACCACAAGGAUAUCCACAACAUGUGGGAGGCAGCCUCACACCGCAUUACGAAGUUUGAUGGUAAUGCAUUCGUUUCUUUUGUUGAUGAGCCUUUCACUGCGCGAGAUAUUUGGGAUGUGCAAUCGCAACUCCCUCCAGGUGCGAAGCCACUGGCAUAUAUACUCUACAUGGAUAAGACGAAACUCUCCUCCUUCGGUACCGCAAAAGGGUAUCCGGUCUAUGCUCGUUUAGCAAACUUACCGACUGCAAUUCGAAACGGGCGAGGUACAGGUGGCAGUGCUGCUGAUGCAGUUUACAUAGGUCAAGCACAUACUACAGUGACCUAUCUCCGUAUAAUACGAGGGAACGGACGUGCAUAA